UUCAAAUUAGAAGGGUAAAUUUGAACUGUAAUGAAGAGUAUCAAUAUCGACUAAAUUAUUUAGCAGUGAAGAUUUCACAAAGUCAAAUCAGUUUUUUCAAGUAAACUGAUAUGCAAUCGUUUUAAAAUUAAAAUUAUGCUUUGUUGUUGCUGAUUGGAAAAAACAUAAUCAGAAGACUUUAGCCACGAACUAGAUCCGCUUAUGCGUCAAUGUUGAGUUUUCUCUUCAAAACCUGUUUGCUCAUAAGUUUGUAAACAUGCAUAAAUUUUUACUUCGCUGCAUUUUACUUUUGCAUUUAAGUGCAUUAGUGAAAUUAGAAUAUGCAUUUAACGAGCCAAAAUAUAAAUGUCCAACCAAGCCUAAAGCUAUAUACCCAUGUACCUGUUGGAAAAAUUCUGAUUUAGGAAUCUAUGUGAGAUGUGAAAAUACGAACUUAGCCACGUUAUCGAUAGCACUCGAGAAUCUCGGAGCUCUGGGUACCCAAAUAGAGCAUUUGGAAAUCGUAAAAGGACAUUUUGUAAGAUUGUAUGGGCCAGUGUUUUCGAAAGUGCAAAGCCGAUUACUUACCAUUGCCGACACACCUUUAGCUACAAUGGAGGAUUACCCCUUCUUCGGUAUCAACAAGACCAUUGAAGAGCUGCAUAUACUACGUACGAAUCUAUCAUCCUUUACUCCUCUAUCAUUUGGGAUACUUGGUAACGCAAAAGAACUUAUAAUAGAUGGUCAUUCAUUGAACAGUAUCAAUAAGAAUGUUUUUGAUGGUCAAAGUAUUGGAAAUAAGCUGGAAGUGCUACGAAUUAUCAAUGGACCACUAAAUGAUGUCCCAAUUGAAUCCUUUCAGCCCUUGCGUAAACUCAAAGUGCUUGACUUACACGGAAAUCAACUGGAGACUCUGAAGAAAAAUCAGUUCAAAAAUUUGAGAUCUGUUGAAGUGUUAGACAUCAGUUAUAACAAUCUUAAAAAACUUGAAGCUCAACAUAUUGCGGACAUGACUAAGUUGGGUUGGUGUAAUGCUUCUCAUAAUGCGCUCACAGAAAUAUCGAGGGGAACUUUUGCUCGGAACUCCGUACUUAAAUUACUGAAUUUAUCUCACAACAACAUCACCCGUUUAGAUGCGAAUAGUUUUCGCGGAAUGCGGUUUUUGAGGCGUUUGUUUUUGAGCGACAAUAAAAUAAGCGAUGUUGGUAGAGGCACCUUUGGCUCCAUCGGUAAAAUCGGUACCAUUGAUUUGGCUAGAAACUUUUUGAAGAAAGUUGAAUUCCAAAUGUUCUCACAGCUUAAUUAUGUAGAGGUAAUAGAUCUUGCUGAAAAUAAUAUUACAAUUGUGGAAAAGCAUUCUUUCAAAGACAUAUACCAAUCAACUAUCAAUAUCUCACACAACGCUCUGGAGAAAAUAGAAACGCUUUCCUUUGAAAAUUGUGUGAACAUCACGGUUUUGGAUUUAUCGUUUAACAGACUGAAGAACUUCUCACGCAAUGCAUUUGAUCUUACGACUUUUGCGACAGAGUUUCAAUUGAGCUACAAUUAUCUUACAAACUUAGCACACGUGCCCUUUCAGAAUAUGACUGGUAUCAAGGUUAUAAAUGCUUCACAUAAUUAUAUAGCAGAGAUUCCGAAAAAUUGUUUUCCAAAAUUGUAUGAACUACACACUAUUGACAUCUCAUACAAUAACAUAUCGUUGAUAGCGAACGGCGUUUUUCAAACACUUUUUUCUUUACGCUUUCUAAACCUCAGUCAUAAUAGCUUAACAGAAAUUAAGUCUUCAGUUUUUGGUACACUUCCCACAUUGCUCGAUAUGAAUCUUAGUCAAAACAAGCUAACAUCGAUUGUACGUGGCGCGUUGGCAAAACUUACCAGUUUACGAUUCUUGGAUCUCAGUAAUAACCAACUCGAAAAAUUAUUUCAAAUUCCCAUUUCUCUGAAUGACCUCAAUUUAGAGAGUAAUCGUUUGGCUAGCAUUCCAGCGGGCACUUGGCCAGUUAUGAAUUCGUUGUUGUUUUUAAAUUUAAAUAAUAAUGAAAUCGGAGACUCAUUAACAGCUCAAAGCUUCACAGGUCUACUCGUAUUACAGAAAUUGUGGCUAAACAACAAUGGUAUAACACUACCACCGCAUGAAUGCCUCGCUGGCAUGUCGACACUUCAGUAUUUACAUCUGGAGCAUAACAACAUUACUGCUUUGGAGAAAAGUGCUUUUGGAAAAUUACCAGUUCUUUUCGAGCUGAAUUUAUAUGGCAAUAGCAUAAGUGAUAUCAGCAAACGCUCUUUUGAAGGUCUCUUGCAACUACUUACCCUCAAUCUCUCCUCUAAUGCAAUCGCAAAUAUACCAACCGAUGUCUUUAUUGGAUUACCAUCCUUACGAAAAUUGGAUUUAUCUUUUAAUCAAAUAGCUAAAUUGGAUAAUAAAACGAACGGCGUACUCGACGAUCUACUUAGCUUGGAAGAGUUGAAUUUAAGCCACAACAAAAUCAGUUUUGUCACCAAAAAAACAUUUCCCUCUAAUCAAUAUAUACCGUAUAAUCUGAAGCGGUUGGAUUUAAGCUACAAUCAAAUGCCUGUAUUGACCUAUGACAUCACUUUUGGCACAAAAAAACUACUUUCCUUAAAUUUGUCAAAUAAUCAGAUAAAUGAAAUCCGAAGAGGUGUUUUAGCCAAUUUCACAGAACUACAAUCAUUGGAUUUAUCGCAUAAUGAGUUAACCAACCUAGCAUCAGAACAGCACAUAUUCGAUCUGCCAAAACAUUUGAGAGAUAUCAAUUUGAGUAACAACCAGAUAUAUAAAAUUCCCUUUUCAAAUUUUCAAAAAGAUGUACCAUUCGAGAACAUUGAUUUGCGAAACAAUGCCUUAACUGAAUUUCCACAAAUAUUAGUGCUAAUGUUACGCAAUGGCACCAACAUAUAUUUUGCUGGAAAUCCUUUGGAUUGCAGUUGUGCCGCACGGCCUCUAAAGCAUUUUAUGUUGGAGAAAUCAAGUUUAGACGAGGACUUAGAGCAUAUUAGAUGCAGUACACCGUUAUUUCAUCAAAAUCAGCGAAUAAUGGAUGUGCUUGAUGAAAAUCUUCAAUGCAUAUUGGAAGAUAGAGAUCUUUAUAAAGGUGAAGCUUACGAAGAACUCGCCGAUGUACAGUUCCGAGAUAACACAGUCAAUAAUAACGGGAACCUCACAGUUCGUUUCUUUGUGACAGCCGCCAGAGAUAUAGCCGAUUUUUUAGUUUAUAUACGUAAUGACGAAAACGAUGUACUGUACCAAGGCGAAGCAGCCUACAAUGAACGCACUCACGAGAUAAUAAUUAACCCGAUCCGUGAAAGAAUAAAAGCGGAGAAAGCACAAAUCUGUAUCAUAUCUAAGGAUAGCAAUGGCGUAACUGGGCGUUGGUUCAGUUCACAGUGCAGAAGGAUGCCCGACUUAAGGCCCAAAAGGAAAGGCAUAUUUUCGUUUAAUACUUUUAGUUGUGCUCAUCGUGCUGCUUUGGAAACUAUACUGCAAAUUUACACAUUUACAAUGAUGGUGAUUUUCAUAUGGUAGAAGAUAAGCGUAACAUUGGAACUAACUGUAACAAAGUUACCACUGCCAGCCUUUUUUAUAUUUUUUGUUCAAAGAGAAUACCUUUUGUGAUAUUGUUACUUGUUUACAAUCUUAACAUUAAAAAUUAUGUUUAAUAAAUUUCCG